AAGUGCUGGGGGAGUGUGUGUGAUGCUACAACCUCCUUACAAAGGGACUCUCUCUCACGUUGUGGCUGGGAAAUUAGAGCACAUUGCCUAAAAAUCGAGGUCCUCGCACACAGUCACACACACACACACACCAACACGCGCCGAGCCACCGAGAGCCGCUGCCAUGAAGUGGAUGAACGCCGAAGAGAUGCUCCGCAGGGCCGAGGCGCCUCUCUUCUGGGUCGGCGCGUUCACCGUGGCCUCCCUGGCGCUGUGGAUGCUCUACAGGCUGCUCUCGGGCUUCAGGAUCUGGGUCCUGGGAAACGGGCAGCUGCUCUCUCCGAAGCUGGGCAAAUGGGCAGUUGUGACGGGAGCCACGGAUGGAAUCGGGAAAUCCUAUGCGGAGGAGCUGGCUCGUCGCGGAUUUGCCCUGAUGCUGAUCAGUCGCUCCCAGGACAAGCUGGAUUUCGUGGCCAAGUCACUAGAGGAGCAGUUUAACGUCGAGACCAGGACCAUUGCGGUUGACUUCGGUAAGACGGACAUCUACACCAAGAUCGAGGCGGGGCUGGCUGGUCUAGAGAUUGGUGUUCUUGUCAACAAUGUUGGUGUGUCUUACCCCUACCCUGAGUACUUCCUCCACAUUCCCGAUCUGGACAACUUCAUCACAAAUCUGAUCAACGUCAACAUGACCUCGGUGUGCCAGAUGACCCGUCUGGUGCUGCCCAGAAUGGCUGAGAGGUCCAAAGGUGUUAUCCUCAACAUCUCCUCUGCCAGUGGCAUGUACCCUGUCCCUCUCCUCACAGUCUACUCUGCCACAAAGGCCUUUAUGGAUUUCUUCUCUCGUGGCCUUCAAGAGGAGUACAGGCGUCAGGGUGUCAUCAUUCAGAGUGUGCUGCCCUUCUUUGUGGCCACGAAGAUGACUCGUAUCAGGAAGCCCACCCUUGACAAGCCCACCCCAGAGCGCUACGUAGCAGCUGAGCUCACCACUGUCGGUCUGCAGAGCCAGACCAACGGCUACUUCCCCCACGCUGUCAUGGGUUGGUUGACCACCAAGCUGGUGCCGAUCAGCCUCGUCAUCUUCUUUGGAGCCAGAAUGAACCGUUUGCAGCGUACCGGAUACCUGCAAAGGAGGAAGCUGCGAGAGCAGAAGAACGGAGGAGGUUUCAAGACUGAUUAGAAAUUGGCUGACGAUUCUGCAGACAGCAGAAAACGGUUCCGAUCCGCAGUGUCCAGGGAAUAGAGAUUGGUGUAGUGUGUAGUGUAUCUGUGUGAUUGAUCCUCCAGGGGUUACCUGAGAUUUCACCUUUUGUGCCUUUAUUAAAUAUGCACAUUAGAACGUAUGUAGGACUUUUGUGUUAAAAAAAAACCGGCAAUCUGCCCUGAUGUGAUUUGUUUCUGGAAAGAAAUGGCCAAAGUUUACAGGAGCUGAAAUGAUAAUGAAAUGCUGCUCUUGGAAAAGGACAUUCAUAUUUUUUUGUCAGUGACACUGAUGGUGGAAUUUAUACAACCAAAAAAGAGUGACGUGUUAACCCUGCUGUUGUAAGCAGUGGAAAUGGUGGUGGGCAUCCUUUUUUUAUAUAUAUAUUUGUACAAUUAUUUAUUUUAUAUUUGUAUGAACACACGAGCCAAACUCAGUCCUUUUCAAGACUAGCUUUCAGCCUAGUCCAGUUUACAAAUCACUGAGCCAUUUAAAGAUGGCAAUAUCUGCUUUCUGUCACGCCAAUUAACUUGCAUCAAUGAGCUGUAAUCAUCAACCACUGUCUCUUUCUUCUAUGAUAUUGCGUGUUUACAGUAUAUUCCAAAUUUAGUUUUGUGAUGGGUUCUUUUUGCACUAAUGGAUCACUUGUUCUGAACCAAAGUUUUUCAUAGUUUUCACUUCUACAGUGCAUUUCUACUGACAUUAAUGGAGGAAAGGGACAGAUUCGCUGAGCAGGCUUUGAGAAGUUAAGAUGUACUGUAAAAUGAUGCAAUUCAACUGGUGCUUUUUUAUGUAAACUAUGCAGUUGCUCAAUUUUGUGGCUUGUUUAAUCAAAUGUAAAAUGCCCCCCCCCUUUUUUUAGCUCAGUGUGUUUUGAAAGGAUUUCAUAUGGAUAGAGAAUAUCAUUCCUUAGUGUAGCAAAGACCUCUAAAGAUAAAACCUAAGCAUUUUGAGGUUUUUACAUUAAUAGCUGUGGUUUCAUAUUUACGUACAGACUGGUUUACACUUUUGCUGUAAAAACCAACUCUUUACAGUUGGUGCACAACUGAAUAUCCCAUAUGACGUGAUUUAACCUUUGCUUCAACUAAACUGCCUUGUGAAUAAUUUCCCUUAAAAAAAAAAAAACCUGCCUUAAUAUGCUUGGAAAUAUCAAACCUGGAUUUCUACAUGUGAAAUUUAGUUUAAUUUACUGUGCUGAUGGUAAC